AUGGCCCGCAAGUACUUCUACUUCGACUACGACUUUUACGGGGUGAGCUUCUAUGAGGAAGAAAUCCUGACUGAAUCUGAGGAAAGGGUGACCAACACGGCAACCUGUGGCAGCCUUAACAAAGGAGUAGGAGACACCCCGAAUGAGCUGUUCUGUGAGGGCCAUCAGAGCUCUGAGGGUGACCAAGGCAACCAAGGCGGCGACAUGAAAAACAACACCUGGAACACUGAGCAGGAAGAGCCAAAGGUGGCCAGCAACCUGGCCAGGACCAGUGAGCAGCCUUCAUUCAGGGUUCCUCGGAAACCAUACAAAUUCACGCCUGGGCAGCUGUGGGAACUUGAGGCAGUGUUCGAAGAAACUCAAUAUCCCGACGCCAACAGACGAAGGGAGCUGGCAUGGCUCAUGAAUGUGGAUGAACAAAAAGUGAAGGAUUGGUUCAACAACAAGAGAGCUAAACUUAGGAAGAAUCAGAGGGAAGUGCUACGGGGCCAGUUCAUCGCCCCCAACCAACACGACUGUCACAUCAAGAUUGUGGUGGAGACCCAGAGAAUCAUCUUUCUCUAG